AUGUUGAUGUUGUUAUCUACGUGUGAAGUAAUGGCUUUUGUGCAACGUCGAAAGGCUUAUGUAGUAGGAUCGUUCGGAUUGUUACAACCUCUAGCAGAUGGUUUGAAAUUGAUUCUAAAAGAACCUAUUUCACCAAGUAGUGUUAAUUUCUCCCUUUUUAGAAUGGCUCCAGUGGCGACAUUUAUGUUAAGUCUGGUCGCUUGGGCCGUUGUACCUUUUGAUUAUGAUUUGGUAUUGUCGUUACUUUAUCUGUUUGCCAUAUCUUCGUUAGGUGUUUAAGAAAUUAUUACAGUAGGUCGGUCUAUAAUUAGCGGGGGCAGCAGUUCGGUCACCUAUAAUUGGCGGACCAAUUAGUCAAAAAUGGGUUUG